AUGAAGGAUACACAUGGUGGAAUACAUUCGGCUACCAAUAAAAUCAAAUCAUGCACAGCCAAACAGCGUAAAAAAGAACACAUCAAAGAACAAGGAAUUCAACAGCAUCAGAUGAUUGAUUCCAAUAAAAAUGUUGGACCGUCACAGUUCAUUGAUCUUACCAGUGAUGAUAGUGAUGACGGCUUGCUUCUUUCUUCAAAUUCUAAUUCUAAUUCUAAUAAUAUAUUCAAGCAACCAAAAGGGGUUAUUUAUCUCAAUGAGGAUUCUCAUGUAGCAUCUAUCAAUGAAGUAUCACUUACAACUCUUAAAAGAAACCAUGGUCGACCUAAAAAUAUUUUAGAACAUACGUCCGCAAAAACUGAUAUUGAAAAAACAACCGCCACUCCAAACACUACUAUGUCAAGUGAGAUAUUCGAUCAUCGUGCGGACGAUCAAGUACCAGUUACGACUCUAAAAAGAAAACGUGGUCGACCUAAA